AGAAUGAACAUAUAAUAAUAUGCAGCGGACACAUUUUCCGCAGAGGACCGGGAUUCAUAACGAAGAGUCGGAAUUAUGGAUUUCUCCGCAAAGUUUACGAUUUUUAUUGCAUUUUCCCUCUUCCUAAGAGAAACUUCAUCCGAGGAGAAGAAACGAAUUCUACUGAAUGAUCCUGAUAUGCUAAAUUCACGAAUAGAUAGCAUGCAACACGAAAUGCAGGCGUUAAAAUCGGAACUCCAAGAUCUGAAAAGUCAACAUUCCAAUCAAGGCACCCAUUACAUACGAUGGGGAAGGAAAGUUUGUCCUGCCCUCAACGGGACUUCUACUGUGUACAGCGGGAUCGUUGGAGGACGAAUUUUCAACGACAAAUCUGGGGGGUUCACUACACUUUGCCUCCCCCACAACCCGGAUCCAGCGUCAAAAGAUCUCCCAACAUUCUCCUACUCCGCUCGUGUCUACGGAGCUGAAUACGAGUUAACAUACAAAGGAAUUGCGGACAAUGACGAUGUUCCAUGUGCCGUGUGCUUUUCUACCCGUGCGUCCUCAACUUUCAUGAUUCCGGCCAAAACAACAUGUCCUCCAAAGUGGACAAAACAGUAUGAAGGAUUUCUAACUGCUGAUGCGGAUUAUUCAGAUCAUUAUGGCAGCGAGUUUUUAUGCAUGGAUGAAAACCCAGAGUACUUGACUGAAGGAGCGCGGCAGCAUAAUAACGACGGACGCCUUUUUUACACGGUGCAAGCUGUAUGUGGGUCACUUCCUUGUCCGCCGUACACAAAUGCGCAGUUGAUGACCUGCGUCGUUUGUUCACUGUAGUUAAUCAUAUGUGGUAAAGGCAUUAAACAUUAGACAUAUGCA